AUGGUGAGCCCUUCUGCUCCAGGAAGACUUACGCGCAAGGUGCGCAUUACUGUGGUGGCGGCCGAUGGCCUGACCAAGCGGGAUGUAUUUCGCUUGCCCGAUCCGUUCGCUAUUGUAACAGUAGAUGGUGAGCAAACCCACACCACUUCUGUCAUCAAGAAAACACUGAACCCUUACUGGAAUGACUCUUUCGAUGUAUCGGUCAAUGAUGCUUCUGUUGUUGCAGUCCAGAUCUUCGACCAGAAAAAAUUUAAGAAACGCGACCAGGGAUUUCUCGGUGUUAUCAAUGUCCGUGUGGCCGAUGUGAUUGAUCUCGAACUCGGAGGCAAGGCACUGCUCACGCGGGACCUGAAAAAGUCCAACGACAACCUCCCAAUUCAUGGCAAACUUAUUAUUGAUCUCAACACCAAUGUCUCGACCCCUCUACCCGCCAAUGCAUCCGCCACAACUUCUCACGUUACAUCUGCUGGCCUGGCGCCUGUCACAUCCACUACUUCCAGCUCCAAUGCCUCCCACGCUGCCGCUGCUGCCUCACCGGUUCCGUCUACCUUACCUGGUGCCUCUGGAACGACACCCGCCGCAGUAUCUUCGCCUGCUUUGCCUGCUCGUACAGGGCAUCCCGAGGCAGCGGUGCGUCCGUCCGGCCUGUCGUCGGUCGGCUCGUCGUCAACCAACAUUGAACCAGCUGUCCCUAUUGUUGUGCCGUCUGAUAGCCAGACAUCUGCCACAAGCACGCCUCACCCCGCGCCCAAUGUGACUCUGUCCAGCAACACACAAGCCUCAACACAAAGCCGAGCGGCAGAGCCGCGGAACCCCGACUCGGACCCAUUGCCUCCUGGUUGGGAACGCCGUACCGAUCAUCUCGGACGUAUGUACUACGUCGAUCAUAACACCCGCUCGACGACGUGGACACGACCUUCAAAUGAUCCUAGUGUGCAGCGCCAGAAUGCCGAGCUGGACCGCACGCGUCUGAACAACAUGGCCGUGGCUGACGACUUUUUAGGUGUCGAGGGCCAAAACCAAGGACAAAGCAAUUCGUCUAACAGGACAACGCCUGUCGGUGCCGCUUCGAACUCCACUUCGUCUGGUGCAGGUCCCUUACCCAGUGGAUGGGAACAGCGCACAACGGCCGAAGGACGCCCUUACUUUGUGGAUCAUAACACACGUACAACGACAUGGGUUGAUCCACGCCGUCAGCAAAUCCUGCGUAUUAUGGGUCCUAAUGGAAACAACUUGAGCUUGCAGCCUCAGAGCGUAAGUCAGCUGGGUCCUUUGCCGAGCGGUUGGGAGAUGCGCCUCACUUCAACGGCUCGUGUGUACUUUGUGGAUCACAACACGAAAACCACAACAUGGGACGAUCCACGUCUUCCUAGCUCACUCGACCAAAAUGUGCCUCAGUAUAAGCGUGACUUUCGUCGUAAGCUCAUUUACUUUCGAUCGCAGCCGGCACUGCGUCCUAUCCCCGGCCAGUGCCACGUCAAGGUGCGCCGAACUCAUAUUUUCGAGGACUCGUAUGCUGAAAUUAUGCGCCAGCAGCCGAAUGACCUUAAAAAGCGCCUCAUGAUCAAGUUUGAAGGCGAAGAUGCUUUGGAUUAUGGCGGUGUAUCUCGUGAAUUCUUUUUCUUACUAUCGCACGAAAUGUUCAAUCCAUUUUACUGCCUCUUCGAGUACAGUGCACAUGAUAACUACACGUUGCAGAUCAACCCACAUUCUGGCAUCAAUCCAGAGCACUUGAACUACUUCAAGUUUAUUGGUCGGGUGCUAGGUCUCGCCAUUUUCCAUCGCCGCUUCCUCGACGCACACUUCAUCGUUUCGUUCUAUAAGAUGAUUCUGAAGAAGAAGAUCACAUUGGCUGAUAUGGAAAGUGUGGAUGCUGAUUAUCACCGCUCGUUGCAGUGGAUGCUUGACAAUUCCAUCGAGGGUGUGAUGGAAGAGACAUUUAGCACUCUCGAGGACAAGUUCGGUGAGAUGGUGACUGUUGAGCUCAAGCCUGGUGGUGAACACAUCGACGUCACCAACGAGAAUAAGCACGAGUAUGUUGACUGUAUGGUCGAAUGGCGCAUCAUAAAGCGAGUGGAGGAGCAGUUCCGUGCUUUUAUCAGUGGCUUUUCAGAGCUGAUUCCUCUGGAUCUUAUUAACGUAUUUGAUGAGCGCGAAUUGGAGCUUCUGAUGGGCGGCAUGUCUGAGAUUGAUGUCGAUGACUGGAAACGUUUUACCGACUAUCGUGGUUUCACCGAACAGGACGAUGUGGUCCAGUGGUUCUGGCAAUGUGUGCAACAGUGGCCUGCUGAGCAGCGCUCACGGCUGCUUCAGUUUGCCACGGGCACAUCCCGCAUCCCUGUUAAUGGCUUCAAAGAUUUACAGGGAUCAGAUGGUCCGCGUCGCUUCACCAUCGAAAAGUCAGGUGAGGUCAAUCAACUACCAAAGUCACACACAUGCUUUAACCGCAUUGAUCUCCCGCCCUAUCCAUCGAAAGAAGUCUUGGAAAACAAGCUUGUCUUAGCUAUCGAAGAAGGUAUGCGCUUCGGCAAUGAGUAA